AUGCUCUUUGUCAAGAACUCAAGGUAUUGGUUCUCAUACAAUGACCCUCAGAUCAAUGAAACGCAAUCUAAAUUUUCAUCUCAAGGAUAUUUUUACCUGAAAAGAUACAACCUUUCCCAAUAUAUGAAGGUAGAUGCCACUGCGCUCAAGGCACUUGGGGUUCUUGAAGUUUAUCCUCCAAUUUCAGGUAGGCCGUACAACCCCAUUGGAUCCCUCUUUGACAUCAUUGGCACCCAUUGUUCUACACUUCAAGGAAAGAGGAUGCUAAAUGAGUGGUUGAGGCAGCCCCUUUUAGAUCAACGGCUGAUAAAUGAGAGGCUUGACUUGGUUGAGUUACUCCUCUCCUCGUUGGCUUAUGUGACCAGGAAAGACCUGAAAAACUACCUUUCAUUAUUCCCCGACUUAUUACGUGCUGUUAAGCGUCUUGAAAGGGGUUCUUCCUCCUUACAAGAAAUCGUGCGUCUUCAUCAAGUCGUCAAGUCGCUUUCCAAAGUUGUUUAUUUUCUAUCUUCCUUAUCAAAUAUCAAAUCCACCGAGCUUAAAAGCGGCAUCGAGAUAAUUAGAUCGCAAUUUUUAUAUCCCCUUCAGGCAACCCAGGAAAUUAUGAAAAAUUUGGAGCCUUUGAUCGAGCUGAUCGUGAAAACGGUUGAUUUAGAAGUUGCAGAAAAGUCGCAUGAAUAUCUUAUCCGGCCAGAGAUUUCCCCGGAUCUGUUCCAACUGGCAGAACGGCGAAAAGCGCUCGACCAGAGAUGCCAACUAUCAUUUGAAGAAUUGGACCUACCCUGUGGAGCAGAAAUUAAGGGGCCAAAGGCAAAGCUUGAAAGAUCGCCCAUUUAUGGAGAUUAUAUCCGAAUCUCGAGAAACGAUGUUUCAAACCCGUUGUUUAAAAGAUCCGAGUUCAUCGAGCUAUGUACGCAAAAGAAUGGUGUCUACUAUACCACACCGUCGCUUUUGGCAACAUCCAAUGAGCGUAAAUCGGUUGUCAUAGAAUACGCAGCCAAGCAAAACGAGAUUGUAAAGUGGGCGGACCGCUGCUAUUUACUUACCGUAGUUACUUAUACGCCUUUGCUUCUUUUGCUCAACUAUUUCAUUGCCCGUCUUGAUGUGAUAGUUUCUUUCGCCGAAUUAUCGACAGUAGUGUCACAGUCUCAUCCCUAUGUGAGACCCAUUUUUAGCGCAAAUAAUACAUCGAGCUUGCGCAUCAUUGAUGGCCGGCAUCCAUGUGUCGAGAGAUACCUGGACCUGUCGUCACCAUUUAUACCCAACUCUCUUCUUUUGGAUAGAGCAACUGAUAGUGAUAAUCGAUUUCAAAUAAUCACAGGCCCGAACAUGGGUGGAAAGUCUACAUUCAUAAAACAGGUUUGCCGUCUUCAUAUGACGCAGUAG